AUGAACCAGAACGAGGACAAAGACCGAUUGAUCGCUUUGAGCAGUCUUUCGCGAUCUGCCGGUAAUACUGGCUGGCCAGAUGUGUUGCAGCUAGCGAAAGGAUGGUUGAGACUUUGCUUGGAAUCACACGACGAAUGCCCGAGUCACACAAUCCCUGCACGGCUCCCACGAAGAUUGCUCGCUCUAUCAGGGAGACGCGCAAAGCUGAUAGACACAACAGGCCAAACUGUGUCGGUCUCGUAUGCAACCCUAAGUCAUUGUUGGGGAGGGAUGCCGAGUUUUCUUCUGACCAGUCAAACCAUGAACAACCUGCAAGAGGGUCUUGCAUUCUCUGACUUCGAUCCAACUUUCCACGAUGCCAUGUUGACGACUCAGGCUCUCGGCACUGACUACCUUUGGAUUGAUUGCUACUGCAUCAUUCAGGGUACCGACAACGCCAGUAGGAAAGACUGGCUCGAACAGUCAGUCUUGAUGCACGAAAUAUACGCAAAUGGCAUUAUCAACAUCGGUGCUGCU